GUUGUAGUGAAAUUUUGGCGCGGCCUACCUCGCAAUAUACAGAAAACUUUGCGGAAAGAAUGGCACGUUGUAUAACUUGCAGUUGACAAGAUCAGCACCGAUUGAUAUAUAAGACUUGCAGAAACAGGAAAAGUUGGGAUUGCAACAAAUAUCACAUUGCAUAUCUGCAUUGAUUAUCACAUUGCUAAUUACAUAUUCCCAAAUGGAACUUGUCAGUUACAUGUCAUUUUUGUAAGAUCCUCAGACCCUCUCGUGUUUAAUCAUUCUUUAAGAAUUUGUACAGAGACAAAUAAAAUGAAGGACAUCUCAGUGCCUCAAACCAACCCAGAGCAUGGUUGCUCGAAACAUUCACCUAGUAGUUCAACAUUUUCAAAGAAUAGUGUUGAUCACGGCUAUGCAAAGUUGUCAUCUUCAAAAAAGUCAAAGAAACUUUCCAUUAUCGACCCAAAGCAACGUAAACUAUCGUUUGCAAAAAUACCAUCAAUAAAGCAUUCAGAAAAAAUUGUCAUUGAUUCCUCAAAUUCAGAGUCAGAUGAACCAUUAGCACUUUUUAAAAAUGGCAAAAGUAUAGAUCCCACGAAGAAAGUCACAGAAACAGAUGAAAGCUCAAAAAAUACUAUUGGAUCAGUGACAGAAACUACCAGAAAUGGUUCAUUAGAUGCAACAUUAAGUAAAAAAGUUGGUGGUAACAUUGAACAGCUUCCAGCUUCUCCUAAAAAAUCAAAGAAAGAAACAAUUGGAUCAGAAGCCUUUGCAACUCACAAGAAUAGUAGCCCAUCAAAAAUGGCUAAUUGUAAUUCAAAGAAAAAAGAUAGCUGUGCAAAGAUGAAGCCAUUCAAGGCAGAUGGCAAAAGAGAAAAUGGAUUAAAGCUCUCAAAGAAGUCUGCCAAAAUAAAUGUACCUUCAGACUCAGAUUCAGAUUUAGAUGUUCCAUUGUCUCAGUUAAAAAACUCACCAAAAUUUAAGAAAUCAGAGAAAGCCAAAUUGAUCGCUCCAAGUCACUUGAAGAAAGACCAUACAAAGAAAAAGUUUUCAAAAUCUGCUGAAAAGCUCAAGAAACUGUCUCAUUGUGAGCGAUCACCAAAAAUGAAGAUUUCUCAUGCAAAAUCUCCAAAUAUGAAAAACAAGGUUCACGGAGAGAAAGGGCUAAAGCAAAAGACACUGUUUGACUUUAGAGCACAGAUGAAAAAUGAACCUUCAUUUGCCAAAGAGAGAAUGCCAAAGAUUGGAGACCCAAAGACCUUGGUUGUUGGUGUAACUAGAGUUGACUGGAAAUCAUUAACUGAAGAGGAAAGGGAGAAAAUAAGGCAACAGAAGAAAGAGGAAUGGAACAAAAUAAGAAGAGAGAGAAAGAAGAUGCUGAAUCAAAAGCAUGAUGAUCUCGAGCUGCAGAACGUUGCACCUCUCCCAGCUCCUAAGCCAAUCGAAAUGGAGGGUGGCCUCGCAAACACAGCAUUCGGAGAUAUUGCCAUGCUUGUCGAGUUCGUCUACGUGUUCAACAAAUUUCUUGCCCCUGAAGAAACCCCCAGUAUUACCGCAGAACAAUUAAUAAAGGCUUUAGCAGCAGGCGGCCAAGGUGCAGAUGUUAUUUCGAAAAUCCUUCUGGUGUUUCUGCGUGCUCUAAUUGGAGAAGAAGAACGAGAGAUCAACGGUCUUGGAAUCGGCCUUGCAGAUAUGCCAUUGACUGUGUUCACAGUAUCAGAACUGCUGUAUCACUACCUAAGAUUGACCUGCAGCAAGCCUGCUAAAGGAAACAAGGCCAAUGACUCCAAAGAUGGUGACGAAGAAGAUGAGGAGGAGGACGAUGACGCAAGCAGUGUCGCAAGCACUAAUCAUGGAUUUGUUGAUGAAGAGGAGAUGCCGCGUAGAAUAAUUAACUGGCUUGAGAAAAACGAGUUUUUCACCUUAUCAGCGUCUGAUAAACUCAAGGUUUUGGUGUUCUUGUUUCACAAAAUCAUCGACUCAGAAUACUAUUCUGAUUAUUCCGAAAACCUGAGAAUGGAGACAAGAGAACUCUGGCGCCAACAGGAUGCGUUUAGAAAGAAAGCUGCAAAAGAAAGAAAGGAAGAGCAGAGCAAAAAUGCUGAAAACAAGAGUCCUGCUAUUUCGGAUUCAAUGACAAUUGAUAAAUUUGUCAAAAAGCUAGACAGCACCCAAAUUUCCGAUUCAUUGGGGACUGAUGAAAAUGAGAAGACAAACGAAGCUGAUGAUAAAGAGAAGGAAGAGAAGGCUGAGGAUAAAGAAAAGAAAGAAGAGAAGAAAGAAGAGAAGAAAGGAGAGAAGAAAGAAGAGAAGAAGGAAGAGAAGAAAAAAGUAAUUGAUGUCGAGAAAAGGCCUGAAAAAUCUGAGGUUGAAGAGGGUAAAAAUUUGGAACUCAGUGCAGAUGAUGAGUUAAUGAAAGACUACCCGAAGGAACCUGUUGCUGACCUCGUUCACAUUGUGAGGCAAAGGAGGGUAAUGGCUGCGAAGCAGGCUGCUCUCAAGGGCGAGGAGGAGAAGAAGGAAAAAGAAAGGAGAAAAGAGAUGGAUGAACUGCAACAGAAAAUGAAGAAGAUACAAGCAUGGAAGGAUGGCCUUGACAAGUGCAAAAGAUCGUUGCGUCUGGAACCGGUUGGUCUCGAUCGACAUUUCAAGUUAUACUGGGUGUUUUCUAAUGGCAUGCCGGGUAUUUACGUUGAAGAUGGAUGGAUGUACGAUGCUGGAGAGAAAAGAACAAUAGACAGCUGGGAAUACUACGAUUCAGUUGAAGCAGUGGAUAAGCUAUUGAAGGCAUUAGCAACGCAGGGUAUAAGAGAAAGUGCCCUGAAAGCCUGCUUGUCGAGCCAGUACAAGACGAUAACGUCUCUGAUUAAGAAAAGAAACCCCGACAACUGUGAGCUGCAGCCAUAUGAUGUUUUUGAAGAAUCAAUCAAAGUAUUGAAAGAGGACAUGCUAGAAUCUGGAAGCAAAAUCGUAAAAGGAGUGCUAGGAAUGAUCUCAAACCAGGAACAGUGGGAAAGUAAAAUCACAGAAGGGCGCACGUUGGAGGAAAUGAUCCCGUUGGUUUUGGAGCUCCAGCAAAGUGUGUUACCAAAGUUCCUACAAGGUACUAUGGAAAAGGAGGAAGUGGUGAAGAAUUGGCGGGAAAAUGUCAAAGCCGGAAAGACGUUAUCAACAUUGCAUACUCUUCUUGGAAUUCUUGAGAAUUCCGUGAAAUGGGAUAAAUCAGCAGAAAACGUGAAAUGCAAGAUCUGCCGACGCAAAGGUGGCGAUGAGUACCUUGUGUUAUGUGACGAAUGCAACCGUGGCUAUCAUCCCUACUGUCUUAGGCCUGCUUUAUUGGAUUUUCCAUCAGGGAGCUGGAAAUGCCCUGCUUGCCAGCCAGCGGCACCAGCCUCGCGAGCACGAACGCGAAGAAAAGAAGAACCUGUGGAUUAUUACCAAACCGGGCAAGAUGAGGAAAGUGCGGAGGAGGAAGACGAUGAAAAGGAGCAGUUAGAGGGAGAAGAGGAAUCAGAUCACGAAAGUCUGUGUCAUGUCUGUGGAGAAGAUGGCGAACUUAUUUGCUGUGAUCAGUGUCCUAAGGUUUACCACCUCGACUGCCAUGAGCCACCGAUUAGAAGACUGCCACGGGGCAUAUGGAUUUGUUUUGUGUGUCGAAAUCCAAAGAUGGCAAUGAGGUUUCGACGUGCUCAACACAGAUUGGUAUGUAUAAGAUAUGUUGGUUUGUUUCUGACUCAUUUGCUUUAUCUAAAACAACAUCCAUUUGAUCUUGAUGGGAUUGGAACCACUAUUUUCAAGAUACCCGUAGGACCAGAAUUGUUUUAUUUUGUAGGGAGAUAUCCUUUAAGGGGGAAUGACCGUGAUAGGAGGAUGUCCAUGGUAGGGGAAUGUCCGUGGGAUGGAAUUUCAAUUUAA